AUGGAAAACAGCACUAAGAUAAAACGUCCCAAAUCUCUAAUCAAGAAAAGAAAGAGUAUGCCAAGGUGGAAAGAGCAAGUGAAGAUUUGCACAAAUACAGGAUUAUUUAAAGGAUCUUUGGAUGAUGAUUAUAGCUGGAGAAAAUAUGGUCAAAAAGAUAUUCUUGGAACUAAGUUUCCCAGAGCAUAUUACAGAUGCAAACAUAGAAAUGGACAAGGAUGUCUUGCAACAAAGCAAAUUCAAAGAUCAGAUGAAGAUCCAACAACAAUUGAGGUUACUUACAGAGGAAGACACACAUGCUCUCAACCUAAGAUUUCAAAAAAGAAUUUUCCCUCAAAAUUAGAGAACAAGAAACUCCACAAUGAUCAAAAGAAUCAACCACAAACCCAAGGGGCUAAUUUCAGUUUGAAAGAUGAACUUGAAGAAACCAAAGAGGAAAAUUUCCAUUGGUUUUGUUUUCCUUCUCUAUCAAUUGGAUCAGAAAAUGAGACAAUAAUGGAAAGUUUUUCUGAUGCACUCAUAUCACCGGAAACUUCAAAAUCAAAUUUCUAUGGUUUGUCAGAAUACCAUUUUGGGUAUAAUGCACAAACUUCAGAAUCUGAUAUGAAUGAGACACUUUCAGCCACUACUUCAGAUACCAAUUCACCAAUACAUGAUUUGGAUAUCUUGCUAGAUAGAGGGGAUUUUGACACUGAUUUCCCUUUCAACACUCCUGAAUAA